AUGAGCGAAGAAAGCGAGAAGGAGAAGCGGAAAGUUCGGUUCCAUGGAAGAGUGCAGUUCAAAACGAUUCGCCAUGUCGCUGACUUUGAUGACGAUGAAAUCAUAAAUGGGUGGUACCGGAAGAAGGAUUUUAUGAGAAUGUCAGAAGAAGUCAGUGAAAUUGCGCAGCUGAUCGCAAACGGCAAAGAAACAUACAAUGGAGAAGAACUGUGCAUCCGUGGUCUCGAGCAUUUGGUGGAAGAAGAUGUUGCAGAUUAUCGUGCGGAGAAGAUGAUUGCAUCCAUUGACGCGGUGCUGGAUGAGCAAGACGAACAGCGUGACGAAGAUAUAUACGAUGGAGACAUUAUUGCAGAAAUCUACACCGAAAUCGUAACUCCCCUCCUAAGAGAAGCCUACUUGGUCGGGCUUCGAGACGCAAAAGAAGGAGCAAAAGCAGCAGAACAAAUACCCGAUCUGGUCGUUACGGAAGCUCCUAUAGAACCUUCCGAGCCUGAACCAAGACCUCCUGAAGUGGACACAGAGGAAUCAACCGCUGAAUUGAAGAAUUCGUUUGAAAUGAGUACACUUUCGGUGGGUGAGGAAGGCUUGAAGUCCAUUGCAGAGGACGAUUCCGCAACCCCUGGAGAACCGGGAAAGGGUGGCGCUGGUGGCAAAUCAUCCAAGAACAAGACUCCACAAAAGCGAAAGAGCAGAACCCGGCUAGGACUUGGAACAGAGCUAUCUCCAUUGGUUAGAAGGCGCGAUGGUACAUUUGCUUUCCGGAAUAGAGACUUGGAAAAAGCAAAGGCAGAGCUUUCUAGGCAACGCAAAGAAUGUGUGCGAGACUCUCUCUUUAAACAUCUGGAUUCCGAUGAUUCUCUGGUUGGGCAACCAAAAGGAUCAAUGACGAAGCUGUAA